AUGCGGAUCGUUCCCUUUGUGAGCCUGUGCGCGAUGGUUGGGGUGCUUACGCGCAUCGGCCUGGACGAGCUGUUCGGACCUAACGUGCUGGGCGUCACCUCGACCGAGAGCGUCACCUUCCCCGACUGGUUCCCCAACGCGUGGGGUAGCUUCGUCAUGGGCUUCUUCGUGCCCAUGCGCCAGUCGCCAUUCUUUGCCAGACAUGCGAACGAGUUCUUGAUGCUCGUGAUAGCGAAAGCGAAGACAUGGACCAAGCGACGACGAAAAGAGGGCACCUCCCGAGCACUCGAAGCUGGAGGAGGUGGCGGUCCAUCCACGGUGGUUGCUGGCGAGGUGGAGGUGCACGACGUUGCGGAAGCGAGCGGUGAAGAGUCAACAAAGGGCAAGGAGCGGAUGGACGACGAAGAGGGUACCCAGCCACCGGAGAACCCGCCUGCUGGCGAUGAGGAACACAUGCGGCAACAGCAGGAAAAGCGACCAGCGGCCACCCACUGGAAGGUCACCCGUGCCGACUUGCUGUACUGCCUCCUGCUCUCAUCCAGCGUAGCGCUUCUCUGCUUGCUGUGGCUCCUUCUGGAAGAGUACGGCGGUGUAACCAAGCGCUACAUCUGGAUAGCCUGCCUCUUUGCCCCCUGUGGAGCCAUGCUUCGCUACGUGCUGUCGCGCUACAACGCCUGGCGGCGGUGCGUUCGCUUCCCGUUCUUCACCUUCCUCGUCAAUAUCGUGGGCUCCAUCGCCCUCGCCCUGGUCGUCAUCAGCGUCGAUCUCCGUGGCUACGAUAUCGAUCACGAGCUUCCUGGCUACACUCUUCACGGGUUUCAGGUCGGCUUCUUGGGCUCGUUGACGACCGUAUCCACGUUCAUUGGCGAGCUGUAUGCCCUCCCAUCAGUGCCCUAUGCCUACAUCUACGCCGUCGCAUCUCUGGGCACAGCGCAGGCCGCCCUCACCUCAUCAACGGCCUUCACCAGUGGACAGCAUGACCGGUGUGCGGCACCCAAGGAUUUUACGAAAAAGAAAGCCAAGCUGGGCAAGAAGGCGAAGCCCUCGGGGAACCAGACCGUCACUGACUUUCGAGCUCGGUCGAUCGUUCUUCCGGAGCAGAGCCUUCUCCAGGACAAGGGCACGGUGGUGAACAAGCGCAACCUCUCCCUGCAAGACCUCUUGUCCCAAUGCGCUCACUACAACGCCAACGUCCGCAAAGAGGCCGUGCUCGGCAUGAAGGACCUCUUUUCUCUACACCCGCAAAGCCUGGGGUCAUCAUUGGCUCGGCUAUUUGACAAGGUGUUCGACCUGAUCAGCGACGAGGACCUCUACGUGCGGCAGGCUAUUCGCACCCUCUUUGAGUUCCUUUUGCCUCUCAUUCCAGCGCCAUACAUGAAGUUGUUCGUCAUUUACCUCACCAACGGCAUGACCAACAUCAACCUUGACGUACGUCUGUCAGCGCUUGAGCUAAUUAAGCUGGUCAUUGUCCACUUGCCCGAGUUUCUGCCUACCUUCUACAUCGAGCUGUUGCCCAACUUUCUGGAUCUUCUUGCCUCGGUGGGCUUCGGCACACGAAGCAGCACACUGCCCAGGGACACCUCCAAGAAGACCGGCUUUCAGAAGCACUUGCCCAUAUUGAAGAGCCUUUACCAUCUGCUCAAGUCAGUCCACGCGUACAAGACUGCGCAGGCGUCGGAACAGCAGUCCUCCACCUCCACCUCGGCCAGUUCCACGUCCGCCUUCUCUUGGGAUUGGACCGAGUACAAGAGGCGAUGGCCACAGGCUCACGCUCGCUUCUUUAUGACGAAGGGCGCCACUGGGAGCAACGUUGAGUCCAUGAUCGACCAGAAUUCGCCUGUCUUGAUCUCAGACUUUUCUAAGAAGAUCAUCCCUUCCCUGCUCAAGCGGUGGCUCGAGUGCUCGCCUUCUGAUCCCUUCACCUCUACGGCCAACCUGGAAUGCAUGGCUCUUGUGCUCGACAUCAUCCACAUGCUCUUCAUACUCAACGACAAGGCCAACAAACGUAAGGAGGGCGAGCACGCGGCAGCGAGUCAGACCUCCGUCGUCUUCGGCAGCUUCCUGGCUGAUUUCAAGAAAUACCUCAUGCCCCACUUCCCCAUCAGCGAACCCAUCAGCAAGUCGGUCGAGGACAAGAAAUCGAAGGAGGGCGCAAACAUGCGAUUGACGGUCAGUCGCCUCAACUGCACGCUCUGUGCGGUCAUGGCCCACUUCGUCGAGCCCAAAGCUAUCGAGGAAAUAGAGAUGGAGCUGGAGGCCGAGAAGAGUCGGCCGGCUCCACCGACUGCUGCGCCGCUGCCGGCCUUCUUGCAGAAGAGGGACGACAAGGCGCGGGACCCGGACGACGACGUGAUGAAGACUCUCCAUGAAUCGAACCGGCCAGACAAGUGGAUGACCGCGCUCUAUCGGCACAUUGUCAAGAAGCUGAAGGACAAGGAGACCGCCGGCAACAAGGGCAUGGUGCAAGAGGUGUCGCUGCUCCUUCCAGUUGUACAGAAGCUCCUGCCGGCGCUGUCUCCUCCUUUGCAGACGCAACUCAUGGAGGCGUUCCAUUCGUUCUACCUGGCUUGCCACAUCAUGUCGCAAGCAAAGCGCAAGUGCAUCAAGUGGAUCGUGGUGCUGCUCACCACGCCCGCGCAUACCCGUGGCGGGUGGUCGCCCGACUCGACCAUGACCCAGCAGUGGAUUCUCUCCUUCCCGCAGAUCCUGUGGAAGCUCCAGGACAAGAACACCACCACGACUCAGCUUAUUCUCACCACUCUGGUGGAGUUGAUCAACCGAAAGCGCCAUGACUCGGAGGCCCUGCACACGAGCUUGCAAUCCCUCAAGGACCACCUGGUCCCCUUCUUCUUCACCCAGGUCCCGGCCACGAAAACGCGCAAGGCAUCCAACAUCUACGGUCCCUUCGUGCUGCUGCCGGAGGAGCUCCAGAGGCUGGCCCUGCAGCUCGUCUACUACUUCGAUUCCCUGCCGGCCAAGCUCCUCAAAGCCCUCACCGCUUGCUCGCGUAAUCUCAACAUGUCGGUGCUCCGCUACAUGACCGAGAUUCUCUACCAUUCCUACGUCAAGGGCGCCUUGUCUCAAUUCGAACUGGCCUCUACCGUGCUCUCGCUGUUGGUGGCCAACUCGGCCAACCGCAAGUACCAGGAGCGGGCCGACGAGGAUGAGGAUGACGACGGAGAGGAAGUCGAGGAACUGGCGCCGCAGGUGCGCAAGAGGACGCGAACCAGUAGUGAGGCCACGACGUCGACAUCAACGUCGACCUCGACACAGAAGCAAACGCGAUCUCGAGCAGUGAAGGACACUCAGAAGGGGAAGGAGAAAGAGAAUGAAAUGGAGGUGGUGGUUAUGGAUGCUGACGACGACGAGGGCGAGCCAGUGGUGGAAGAUCGAGUCGCCGCCGCUGGUGGCGAGAAAGCCGCGGCCAAGGCGGAACGAGCGCGUGCGGAGAGACGCGAGGUGGCCGAGAUCAUCGUGGCUAACGUGCGUCUGUGGGGCGUUACGGAAGCGCUCGAGUCCAUGCAGGCCAUGCUCACCCUCCUUCUGACCACGGAGGCGACGGACGUGGAGACGAAGGAGGCGCUGCUGCUCUUCCUCUGCCUCUGCGCUCGGACCCGUCGGGCGUCCCACGACGGUGGCACUGAAGCGGCCCCGACUGGGCUGCCUCAGGGCCUGGCCGCGGUGAUGCCGCAGGCCAUCUUCGCCUCCCUGACGGCCGACUGGCAGCAGGCCGAGGAGUCGCUCGCCGCGAAGCGGUACGAGUCGGUGCUCGACAUCCUGGCGUCCGAUUCGAGCAUCCUCUCCGCCUACCUUGCCCUCCUCCUCGACAAGCUCGACGGCCAGCGAGAUCAGGUGCUCCAUUUGGUUCUGUCUCUGGUUCUCGAGAGUCGCCUGCAGCCCAUGUUCGCCGCUGCCGACAUCAGAAGCCGACUCCAGCCGCUCGCCUCCGCUCUCCUCCAGGGAACGGACACGCUGACACCGGCCCAGCACAAGCUCCAGGUCGAGAUGCAGCUGCUCUACGGCUCCUUUUGA